GGUACCUGAAAUUAUUUAUUGUAAUAUUGACAUAGGUGUUUUACCGAAGCGAUUGCAUCAAUGUUUGUAAUGUAUGUGAAACGAACAUAAGGUUCUGUGUCGAUGAGUUUCAAACUGUAACUUUUAGUAUUACUCUGGCUGGCAACACUUGUUUGUAGUUGACAGCAGACAUGGCGUGCUAAACUGUAAUAAUUUUAUUGUAAAUGAAAUUCAAAGCGAUUGAAAUGAAUAUGGAAUUGUAUUGUACGUGUACGUAACUAUUGUAAUGAACUAUAUCUAAAACCAAAACAUUAUUAUGUGGUCGAAUACACGGAGGCCCAAUGUCAAUGAGGAAAUUCGGAAACUGCAGAGUGCUUCUUGAAGUGUGGUGCAGUGGUGGUUUUGAAGUGGAGGUGAUGAUGAAAGGAAGUGGGGCGACUCGGGCGCCCGGCGGUAGAGUGCGCGGGUGAUAUGCAAGCGGCGCCGACGCGCUACGUGUCAGUGAGCGAGCUGUACUCGACCGACGAAGUGGAGCUGCUUUUGGACGAGAUCCGCGAGCUGGAGCCGACUAGCUGCCGCGGUGAGGACGUGCAGGACUUUGAGAUCGCAGGCAGCGGUUGCUCGGGCGCGGGCGGGCGCUCGCCGGCGGAGCUGACGGAGCGGUCGUGGGACUCGCACGCGCACUACCGCCGCGCGCCGCCCGCCCGCGCCCGCCCACUCGCCCCUCUCUACUGCCGCGCAAGACUGCUCGCCACCCGCAGCGGCGCCGCCACGCUUCUGCUGUUGUUGGUGUGCGCGAGCAUUUGCGGCUGCGUUUGGAGUGCUGUGGGCAUGCGCAUAGCACUGCUGCCUCUAGCGUCCCGCGUGCAGCUCCUCCUGCUCGGCGCACUGUCCUCUCUGCUGCUGCACGGCGUGAUGCUCAGCAUGCACGUCAGCGGGCUGGCGGCCUUGCUGCCCAUCCACUGGGACCGGCUGUCCGGCGUGACGAGCCUGUGGAGCGUAUUCGCGCUGCUGGUGGGCGGGCUGCUCACGCUGUACUCCGUGGCGUUCUGCAGCGAGUACGCGCGCGCGCCGGCGCCGCUGCGCGCGCUGCUGCUGGCGGGCGCGGCGCUGGGGCUGCUGGGCGCGGCGCUGGCGGCCGCGCUGGCGGCGCUGGCGCUGCCGGCCGCCGCGCGCGCGCCGCCCGCCGCCGCCUACCGCGCCGUGCCGCCCGUGCCCGCCGACCACGUCUUAUAGUGACCGGCACGCACGGACUUCUAAGCCGGAUCUUGUUACAGUGGAGCGAGCGGGCAAUGUGUUGUGCUGUUGUGGGACCUUACAGUCACUUGAUUCUAAAUGAGAAAACCAGUGAUCAGUGAAUAUGGUGUGGCGCUACGGAUGUGAGAAUAUGCAUAGUGGCACUCAAAAAUUUUAAUAACAUAAUUUGGAGGCUGCCAUUUUUAGGGUCUGUAAUGCCUAUAAUUUUCGGAAUGUUCAAUUAAUGCCAUUAUAAUUUAUGAGACCCAAUAUAGCUCCUGCAAAAUGAGUCUGGUGGUGUACUGAGAAGAACAGUUGUAAAAAAGAACCUCUACUGAAGAAAGUAGAGAUUUUUGUUCUCUCAAGUGUUCCGAUUUGAUUGUUCGAUAAAUGUAAUGGAUUGAUUUGGAUUUUGAAUAUCCAAUAGUUAAGUGAGUAAGGUACUUAAAUUUGUUUCAAAUUAUCAGAUGAGAUCAAACUUGAUGAUCAAAUGAUCGCAUUCUUAUUUACCAUAUUGCUUUGGUGGGGAUUUACAUUGAUCUUUUGAACUUUUGAGUCCCUUUAUCAAUUCUCAGAGGCUUCAGUUUCUUUUUAUAUGUAUAUUAAUUAUUGAUGAAACAGUUUGUUAAAAAAUUUAAGUUAAUUCUGCAAAAAAUAAAUAUGUAUAAAUAGAAUCUGAUUGAAAUAGUUUUAAACCAAAUUGGUAUUCUAUAAUUCGGAAAUCAAAUGUGGUAAAACUAUUUUAUUGAGACUAUCCACUUAUAAUGGUUUAUUUAUUUGCAGAAUUAACUCUGAAUUAAAAAUGGGGAAUCCGAGUACCCAGCAAUGAAACCCCAACAUUGUUGUCAGCCAGAACGCACAAAUGAUCACUGCCAGCCGCCCGUCUAACUGUCCAAUGUUGUGGUGUAGUGUUCGCAUUUAUUUAUUUACUAUCCAUGGUCCGAACCAACGCAGACUUGAUAUAAUGCAGGAAUGACAAUGUACAAAUGCAAAUAACCCCAAAAAGUAUUAAAUCAAAAUAAAUUUUUAUAUCUAUUCUCAAUUUUGUAUCUAAAUGUAGGAUGCAAUAUCUACAGCCAAACAAGUAACCAAUCGCUGGCUGACUUUGGCAUUUGGCAACCUAUGGCCGUAGUAUUAUUUGUAAUCGUAUAUACAAAAAAUAAUUACCAAAUUUCAAUGUAAAAUUAUGUAGGUAAAAUUCCCACUAUAUUAUAUCUUGUGUGCGUUGGUUGCUGACUGAGCAUAAGUUACCAAAGUUCUGUUAUUUGCAAGUCUGAUUUUGAUGCUAGUCUUUAGUCGUAAGCAUUAUUUGUUAGUUAUUUAAAUUAAACAACAUUCCUAUGUAGUUUUUGCACAAAUCUAGUUUAUUCCUUUAUUAUGAGGUCAAUCUCGUAUUUUUAAUAGAUUAAUGACAUGAAUGGUCCAUCCCCGGCAAUGACAUUAGAAGAGCAUCAUUAAUGAUAUACAAUAAAUUCUUCAUAAUUUUCAGUUGCAUAUUGCUUAUAAUAGAAAUAUUGAUUUAAUAUUUUGUGUUAACGACAUUAAUAAGUCCAGUACUUCAAGUUUCAUUAAUCUAAUCCUAUAAUAGUUACGCUACUGCACUUUAGUACCUACUUCAGAGACCUGGUAUUAACAAACAUUAUUUCAGAUGUACUCCCAAACAUCACAGAAUGCUCAAAUUUAAUAACUUUUGUAAAAAGAGAACUGCCUUUGAUCGAUAUACAUCUUUUUUAUGUGGGUAAAUUUUUUAAAACCUUUCAAGCGUAACAAACACUUUUUUGAAAUCCGCCUGAAAAUCUGUUCAGUGAUUCGCGAUAUAAUCGCGUACAAACAUACAUACAGGUCAAACCAAGAACCACUUUUUUCUAAUGUCUUUGCCCCAUUCUCUUGAUAGUUUGUUUGUCCCGUUUUCCAUUCGUCCAUCUCAUAUAAGUUGUAUAAUCUUAUAUAAUAUGUCUGACAUUACUUGAUUGAAUAUUGUAAAAGGGUAACUUUGUAAUUGUGUAAGCGAAGUAUAUUGUAAUUAUAUUGUUUUAAAGUAAUACUGUUGUAUAGGCGGGGCUUAACUUUUGGGUGAUGCAUCAUUUCCUUGUAGAUAAAAUUUAAUUUUAUUUGUACACCCUUAAUAGUGAUAAAAGUGUCUUAAAUUGUAAAUAACACAACUUUAAACGCGCACAUACAUUUCUGGAGUUGAUGUUUCGUCAAACGCGUGAAUUGUGCGCGUUAAACUAUGGAUGACAGAGGGAUUAUUGAGUUUUACUCGAUUGAACGCAUCCGGCACGUAAACCCGAAUUUGUAUGAAAUCGCAUCGCGUCACCACACUACUAGUUGACACGCCUAGUUAACGUGCUUGAUUGGUUUAAGAAAAGGAGCAUUGAAAAUAUUUGAAAGACAAUUAAAUAUUUAAAACUUACUGUCUAUACCUCUAGUCUCAUUGUAUUGUUUCAUCAUCUGAGACGAUAUUUUACAAAUUUCUUUUUUUUACUGAGCUACAUAUUAUAACUCUUUAUUAUAUUUUGAUGCAAGAUUGUAUCACUGAAAAGUUUGGUCCCCACGUACGAACCAUAAGUGUGCAUGUCAGAGUCUAGUCGGGUUCGCGCCUGUUCAUAAGCGAAAUAUACGUAGCUGUAAGGAAGUUUGACAUAUAAGAUUGUUAUAGGAAAUAAUUUUAUACUGUCCGGUGUACACGCUCGAGCUUAACAACGUACCAUGUUGAUUUCUGCACGGCUGCUUUGUUAGCGCUGCGCACUUUUAUAUUAUCUGUGUAUGUAAAAGUAUAAUUCCUUUUAUCUACAGUGCUAAUAGUAUUAUUGACAGUUUUUUUUAGAAACAUAUUUUAGUAACUUACUUGCAAUCUGUUUGGUGCAACCCAACAAAGCAACUUGUUUAUUAUGAUAUAAUUUGGUUGCUGCAAUUUGUUGUAUGCAAAAGCAGAUUGCGAAGAUAAAGGCCGUAAACAGAGGAUGUAAUGUUAUUACGGUUUUAUGUAAAUUUACUCAGAAAAAAGGAAUUUUUCUUACAAAAUAAUUCCCAUUAGUAAUUUUUUUUUUUAAAUCGGUUUCUUAUUUAGUCAAAUUUAAGUUUAAAAAUAUAGUAUGUAUAGCGGUACAAGUAGUAUAGGAGUGCGCAGCGCCUUUCGUCACCUUUACAUUGUUGAUAUUUUACUUCCUUUACUGACCUAGGUCCUCAUACAUAUCACAAAGUUAUUGGGUUGUCCAUUUUUUUGUUUGUACCACCCACCCAUUAACGGGGUUGCCAAAAAUAAGUACAAAAUUCUAUUACCUGUUUAUACUCGCCUUUUGUCGCUACAUGAUGCAUGAUUUAGUUCUGAACUCCUUGCUCGUCUAAGAGAACUGAUCUUCGAUCCAAUAAAAAUGAAUAUCAUUAAUGGGAAAAUCUUAUGGUAAGUAUUCGUUUUUCUUUUCCUGAAAGCUGUGGAAAUUGCCCACCAACAAAAAGACUGCUAAUUUGCAUUGCAUUUGGCAAGACUCAAAAUUUUUCCGAACUGGCAACCCUACCCCCUCCCGCCCGUACCUGUCCCCCCGAACCGAUCGCUCUGUGUGUCAUAUUGUAGGUACGGCAUGUACUCACAAGGAAAUGUACCGAGUUAUUCUAAGUCUCGAUCAAUAUGUGCGAGUCAUUUUUACUUUUAAAUUUUAAUGGUAAUAUAUGGUUUUAUACAAUUAU